AGCUGACCGAGGAGCAACAGCAGUUGCUGGCCUUGUCGGUGAAGAAAGGGUUCCUUGACCAACAGACAGAGAGCUGAUGACCCUGGACCAAAAUUUCUUCCAGAAGGAGGGAGUGCUCUUCUGUUUUCACUUCAAGCUGGUCAGAGGCUUCUGGGGUGAGAAGCUGAAGGGGACCCAGGAGGCCCUGGUGGGACCCUACAGCCUUGACAUACAAGGGGACGGACCCCUCUAUAUGUGGGUGCCCAAUGCCUUGGGACCGCUCUGUGCCCUCUGUGCCACCCUCUCCUUCCUUCAGGAGCUAAGCAACAACAUCUGGCUCUCUCCCCCAGGGCAAGGGCAAGCAGAGGGGCCUGGGCAUGGGCCUGGGGGGACAGUGGGAUGGAGAGGCACUGCAGCUCCAAGUUCUCUGCGAUGCAGAGCUUCGAAGGCUCCAUCUGGGAUUCCAUCUCUUUAGCAGGAUCUGGGUUUUUUGUUUGUUUGUUUGUUUGUUUGUUUGUUUGUUUAUUUGUUUGUUUUUGUCCUUUCAGGAGGGCCUAGCAGUCACAGCUGAGGAGCAAAACCAUGAAGUGGACAGGAGCUCCAGUACCUGCUCCCGCUGCUUCAGUGGAUUGUCAGUGGGGGCUGGGGGCUGACACCUUGGACUCAGAUACCGAGUUUAACAUGCUUCAAGCUGCAUGCACAAGUACGUUCCGCACUUCCGUUCUUCAGCACAGCCUCGAGUUGAAUGACUGUCAGGAGACACUGGACACUGUCUGCUCAGCAAGGAGUCUGGAGAUGUCAUGGGCUCCAAAGCUAAUUUGGGAACUGAGGGAAAACUUCCCAAUUUUUUUAAACAAUAAGGAAGGAGUUUGGGGGGUUUACUCUGUUCGGAAAAGAAGUAUAGUUCAUUUAUGGAAGUAGAGCUCACCACACGCAGUCUGCACCCCAAAACUUCCAAUCUCCCAUGGGAGAUACAAAACUCAAGGACCUUGGAGAGUGUUCUUCCUGACCCUCCACCAGACAGGCGCACCUCCAUUCAACCUGCUUCCCUCCCUCCCUUUUCCACCUCCUUUUACUCAGAGGUGACCUGGAAGGAUGUUUGCGCAAGGGGCAACUUCCCCCACGGGCUCCGGCCACCCCGCAUCCUACCAGUGGGCUCCAAACCCUACAGCCACGGUCCUGAAUCUCCUCCCACUCAACUGCCAGCUUCUCCCUGUUCCUGCCGGGAUUCGUGCCUCCCACCCUUCUGAACUCCAGUAGAUUACCCCAUCUCUCUCCUUUUUGGCCCCUUGUUGAGGAGAAAAUCAACAAUAAUAAAAAGGAAAAGUAGUAAGUAAAUAAUGUCCUGUCCCAAUAUUUGUGUCUCUCUGCGGUGUCUGCGGAGCACGCUGAGGGGCAGACAUUCGGGCUCCCAGAAAAGAAGUGGCUGGGCUUCCUUCCUGGGGGUCAGCUCCCUGCAGGGAUCCCCGUCUCCUAGCAACCACACACAAAUCACAAGCUUGAAGGUCACCUCAGGGGUGAUUAUCGCCCAUGACCUCCCUAGCUUGACCAGCAGAGGGAAAUAGAGAGCAAAGCUUGCCACCUGCAUCAGCACCACGCACCAGCGCCCAGCCUCCUGUUCCAGCAAGUGAUUUUUUAAUGGACCAAAAGGCUUCUCACAUAUUAGUCAAACUUAAACCUCUUCCAGCACGAUUUAAAAUACAUCCCAGAUUGUCCAGAACAUAAACCAGGACUCUAAGGAGAAGGAGCCUCUGGACCCUGAAGGGAUUCUGCGGACUUUCCCUAAGACUCUGAGAUCGGCGAGUGUGUUACAAAAAGACAGUGUAACCUGGGUGGGCGGAGAAGCAGCACAGGGACAAGCUUGACGUGGACACUUCUAUUGUAAAAGCACGAGACCUUCAACCCGGCCGACCCCACAAGCCCAUAUUUCUUCUCUCUGUUUUGAACCGCCAAAGCGUCCCAUUGGAACACCAUCUGCAAUUUGAGGGGUGGCUCCAUGUUGCAGAGGUGGGGUGGGGACAGGACAAGGAGAAUAAGCACAGGGCUGGUAGAGUUUGGAGUGAAUGAGGGCAAGAGAAAUAAAAGGAGCGAGACUUCUGGGUCAAAGGAGAGAAAGCUGGCUCGGUGGACUCCAGGGUCCAUCUAAGAAAGAGCCCAUCUGUGUGCGGCUUCUUCAAACCACUGUCUCUGGAUCUUUGGAGGACGAGCUGGACUGGAUGUUUUGGCCUGCAGCCAGUGGGAGGAGAGUGGACACCAGGCAUGUGCACAUGUGAAAGCGACCAGGACGGAUGGCAGCCUUCCCACACGCCCAGACUCCCGGCUCUGCCUUGUCCAAGAGGAGGGAUGUUUGGUUAAGAGGUAUAAAACAGCAGCCUGUCCUGGUGAGGGACAGUCACUCUCUCGACCUCCAGGCCAGGUGAACCCCGACCCUCACCCCGGACCCAGCUGCACGACAGGACCCAGCACCACUCCCUGAGACAAUGACUAUGUUUGAAAAUGUCACCCGGGCCCUGACCAGACAGCUAAACCCUCGAGGGGACCUGACACCCCUUGACAGCCUCAUAGACUUCAAGCGCUUCCACCCCUUCUGCCUGGUGCUGAGGAAGAGGAAGAGCACGCUCUUCUGGGGCGCCCGGUACGUGCGCACUGACUACACCCUCCUGGAUGUGCUUGAACCUGGCAGCUCACCUUCAGAUCCAACGGACUCUGGGAACUUUGCCUUUAAGAAUAUGCUGGAUGCCCGAGUGGAGGGACAGGUGGAUGUGCCAAGGACAGUCAAGGUGACGGGGACUGCAGGGCUGUCUCGGAACAGCACCCUGGAGGUCCAGACACUCAGCGUGGCUCCCAAGGCCCUGGAGACUUUGCACCAGGAGAGGAAGCUGGCAGCAGAGCACCCGUUCCUGAAGGAGAUGCGGGCUCGCGGGGAGAACCUGUACGUGGUGAUGGAGGUGGUGGAGACCGUGAAGGAGGUCACUCUGGAGCGAGCCGGCAAGGCGGAGGGUGUCUUCUCCCUUCCGUUCUUCGCGCCCUUGGGGCUACAGGGAUCCGUAAACCACAAGGAGGCUGUGACCAUCCCCAAGGGCUGCAUCCUGGCCUUUCGAGUGAGACAGCUGAUGGUCAAGGGCGAAAAUGAGUGGGAAAUUCCACAUGUCUACAACGAUAACAUGCAAACCUUCCCUCCUGGAGAAAAGCCGGAAGAGGAGAAGUUCAUCUUCAUCCAGGCAGCUGAUGCUGGGGAGGGGCACGAGGACUUCGGGACACUAAAAAACGAGAUUGAACGAGAGACCCAAGAAGUGAGGAAGCUGAGCCCAGUGGGACAAAGCUCCCUGCUCACCUCCCUCAGCAAACUUCUAGGGAAGAAAAAGGAGCUGCAAGACCUGGAGCUCACGCUCGAAGGGGCCCUGGACAAAGGACACGAAGUGGCACUGGAGGCACUCCCAAAAGACGUCCUAGUAUCAAAGGAGGUGAUGGGCGCUGUCCUCUAUUUCCUUGGAGCCCUAACAGAGUUAAGUGAAGCCCAACAGAAGCUGCUGCUAAAAUCCAUGGAGAAAAAGAUCCUACCCGUGCAACUCCAGCUUGUGGAGAGCAUAAUGGAACAGAACUUUCUACUGGAUAAAGAGGGUGUUUUCCCCCUGCAACCUGACCUGCUCUCCUCCCUCGGGGAAGAGGAGCUGACCUUCACAGAGGCCCUGGUGGGACUGAGUGGCCUGGAAGUGCAGAGAUCAGGCCCGCAGUACAUGUGGGACCCAGACACCCUGCCCCACCUCUGUGCCCUUUACGCUGGCCUCUCCUUCCUGCAGCUGCUGACCAAGGCCUCCUAACUUGCCUUUUCCAUCUGCCUCCCGCUUCCCUGGUGCCUUCCCCUACCUCACUGUGCUGCGUCCUUAACAUCCAAGGGCAUUUCAGAGCCACCAGGCGGAGGAUGAUGGAAACCCUAGCUGGCCCCCCAAGAUAACCAGUUUCCACUUGUCCAGCUCUGUAUCCCACCUUGCCCCCUGCAGCUCUUCUACCCGCUAAGCCCAUCUGCUGAUGCUUAAACCCUCUAAAAAUGUGAGUAGAAACACUCACAUUUUUUAAAUGAUGAGCCAUUUCAGCCAAACCAGAAUUAAUUAAUUUCCUAUCCCGAACCCUUCCUCUUGUGUUUCUGAAAAACUCAAGCUUUACUGGAAUCAAUGGAAAA